UACCGAAUAAGAGACAGACAUUUUUCUCCCCACCCAUGGUAAGUUAGGCGUGAAGCAGUUUCUGGGAAAAGUUGUUCGUUAGAAAACUGAGUCCAGUACAAAGGUUACGUCGACGGUUGUCGCAUGUACCAAGUGAAAUUCGUUCAUGAUCAAUAUUCCUUCUUCCUUUUUGGUUGCUAAGAAGUGUCUCAAUGCCCGGAGAAGUUGUCGCAGACGAAGCUUUCGUAAGUCUUGUGACCAACAACAGUUACGCCAAUGGCGCGCUUGUUCUCGGCUACUCCCUUAGACGAGUCAAUACGACAAGGAAGCUGGUUCUACUCGUCGCCAAAGAAGUUUUGGAACCAACCAGGCAACGCCUUGCCAGAGUUUGGGAUCACCUAGAAAUUGUGGAUGUUCUUGACAGUGGGGAUGCUGUAAACUUAGCACUCUUAUCGAGACCAGAGCUCGGUAUUACCUUCACAAAAAUUCACUGUUGGAACUUGACGCAGUAUAGAAAAUGUGUGUUCUUAGAUGCUGACACUUUAGUGGUUCAAAACUGUGAUGAACUCUUCGAGAGAGAUGAGCUAUCAGCUGUACCAGAUAUUGGCUGGCCUGACUGUUUCAAUUCUGGCGUAUUUGUGUUUGAACCAUCCAGAGUAACCUAUGAGGCUAUCUUGGAGUAUGCUGUUCAGAAUGGAAGUUUUGAUGGGGGAGAUCAAGGACUUCUGAAUUCAUUCUUCAGUAACUGGAGAACGGCAGACAUAUCAAGGCACUUGUCGUUUAUCUAUAACAUGAAUUCCAAUGCCAGUUACACUUAUGCUCCAGCAUUCCAACAGUUUGGUAGAGAUGUAAAAAUAGUGCACUUUAUUGGCCCCCUUAAACCUUGGCACCACACAUAUAACAGUGAAACAGGCACUGUGUACACGCCAUCUGGAAGCCAGGGUAAUGUUCCCCACGAGCGAACCUUCCUGCAGUUAUGGUGGGAUAUUUAUGUCACAUUUGUGCGGCCUGAAAUGAGACAAUGCCAUGGUGGCCAAGGUGGAGACUCAUCAUGCAGUGAUCAUUUCCAGCCUGCACCUCACUUCCCCCCUCAGCAUCAUUUUGAACACACUCCACUCCCACAUCAAUUCGAACAUGAACCUUUCAUACCCCCACCCCCACAGCAUUAUGAAACACCACAUCACCCCCAGCCACCCCCUCAACAUCAUGAAUCCCCACACCACUCCCCACAGGAAAACCAUCCACAACCACCCCAUCCCCCACCUCACAGCUGGCCGACAGAGACGUCUCAAGGUUACCAAGAUGUUCCAGCAUUUAAACAUGCGGUGGAGGGAUUAGCGGAUGGAGUGUCAGAUAUUUACAUCUCAGAUCAUGUUGAUUGGGAUUCAAAUCCAGAGCUUCAAGAAAUCACACAUCAACAGGCAUGGGAAAGAGGGGAAAUUGAUUAUAGAGGUCGCGACAAGUUUGAAAAUAUCCAAAAGAAGAUUGAGGAAUCUAUUGACAUGCUGAGAAAUCCCUCUGAAGCACCCAUGGUUUUGUUUUAAGAGGCAAGAGAAGACACUGUCCACAGCAUUUAGUGUUAGAAUUUUACUUUAAUGAGGAUCUUGUAGAGGUAUAGGCAGUCAUUGCCAAUAACAUUUGGUAGUGUGUGGUGUUGAAUGAUCGCUAGUUAUGUCAUACAGAUUGAAACCAAAAAAAAAUGAUCUUAUCAGUUAAGCAAACCUUUCUCUUGUAUUGAAUACACUAGAAUAAUAUAUUUGAAAGGUAUUGUUGAUUUUACAAGGUAUACAUAUACCGGUAUCUAAAAUUUACUGUAACAUGCAUGGGGAAUGAAACAAAAACAACAAAAUGAUGAUUCAACCAAUUGAGCAAUCCUUUCUCUUGUAUUGAAAAUUUAACAGAAUAAUAUAUUUGAAAGGUAUUGUUAGUUAUACCCUGCACAUAAACCCAAAAUUAAUUAUGACUGAUGCGAUUGCACAGGAAGUAAAAAUUUAUAAAAUUGAAAAAAUGUCACACUAUUAACAGAGCAAGGUGAGUGUCUGAGCAAAUGCACACCUUUCCCUCCCCUCCCCCAGCAAUCAACUGAUGACAAUUUACAGCAAAGGUCUGGUCAGGGGAAGGGUGGGUACACAGUUGAUUAGAUACUGACAUGGAUUAUGUUAUUCUGUUUUGUGUCUUGUUUGUAAAAUUUAAUUUCACCCUUCUUUGGGCUCCAGUUUUCACAAAGACAUCAUAGUGUUUAUUUCAAGGAGAUACAUCAAAAGAUGUGCUGGUUUUUUUUUUUUUGGUACGAUUAUUAGGGAUGUACAUUUAUUGUGUUACAUAGGAGUGCUAUUUAUUCAUUUAUUUCAAUUAUUGAAAAAUGAGUUAGGGAAUUUUGCCAAAUAUUGUACUGUGUUGUAGUGAUAAUCCUGCCAAAUGUUUUGUUGUGAUAAUCAGUAUGUAGAUUGUUUCCAAACUACUGUGAAAUUUGAUGGUGCAUGCAAAUAUGCAAACAAUUGUGUUACUUUAAGUGAUAGUAGCAAAGUUAAUUGUUAUUACCUCAGACACCCUUCAAUUUUCAAGAUUUCCAUUUAAUUUCCCAAUUGCUGGCCUGAGCAAAAGUAGAAUGUUAUUAAAAGGAAACUGCUUUUGGUUGUUAAGAUCAACUCAAAAUGCCAUGCUUCGCUAUACUAUCAAGAUUUCCAUCAUCAUCAUCAUCAUGAGUCUUCUUCGUGCUCUGUUGUGCAUAAGGCCUUGAUACUUCUCUUCUCUCAAGAUUUCCAGUUUCUUUUGAUUUGUAGUGCUACAACUACAAUUACUACAACUAUUGCACAAAUAUGAAUAUUCCAAAAUAGGAUUAAAUCAAAUAUAAUUUGGUGUACAAGUUUGUAACAAUAAAGAUAUUGGUCUGAGACCACAUGAA